CACUGUCGCGACUCUUUUGUUUACGUCUGACUUUGAUUAUAAUUUUGAUUAUAUUAACAAUGUUUAUUGCCGCUUCGACGCCGCAGGUGUAUUGAUUAGAGGCCAUUCCAACAGCACCCUGUGAUGCACCUGUCGCCUGGGCAACUGAAAGUGGUGCUUGUACUAGCCCUGCUGCAGGAACUGCAGGUCAAGCCACAGGUGGACGUAUUCCAGGAGCUCUUCGAGAAGGAUCUGGAAUUGUGCCCUUCAUGCUUUUCUGCACAGCGCCAGCAAUGCGAGGAGAUAUUUCAGAAAAUUAAAGAGCCCUCGGAUUGGACUAGGUUUCUAAAAGCCAUCGCCCAGCUGUUUGAUCAUCGAUCGAUAUAUUUCCUAGAGCUAAUUGAGGAUCAUCAGAAAACCCAGCUUGUGGCCAAAAGAAAGAACAUUUAUGGGCAUAAGGGCAAAGACCUCGAAAAGGAAUUCCUUGAAUUAAAGGAGCAACCUGGUGGUUUUCAUCUUUGCCGAACCUUUUCAAGAAAACCUCGUUUUGUUAUCUAUCUAGAACAGCGCGGCUAUGCGGCCGACACUAUCUGGUUCUACAUGAUGCACUACGUCAGCCCGCUGCUCAUGCAGGAAUUGUACAGGCAGGAGUUUCCCGUACCCCGCACAUACGCAUCCUGCGGUCUAACACAUAUUCAGUCCCAUGAAGGACGCACUAUAAUGCAUUACGCUGAAGCCGAAGAAAAACUCCGAUUGGAGCUGGCCCGCAAGAUACUCGAACUAUCUCUUAAGCUGACCUUUGGCUUUGCGGACUUUCGCCUCCUCUUAACUGAUUUCACCGCUGAUAAUUUGGCGUUUGACGAAGCCAGCAGGAAGGUAACUGUAAUCGAUUUGGAUUCCUUGGUGCUGGUGGAUGCCGCAUCCAUUGCAGGGCAAGCUGAGAAGUACGAGCCGCUGCCUGGCGAGGGUUUUACCUUCCAGGUCUCAGCAUUCUGUUCUGGCCAGCAGCUGGAUGCGAACGUCUAUCAGGCGUGCCUACUCCUCAGGGAUGUUCUGCUCAAGAAUCUCGACAACGAAAGACUGCAAACGCUCUUGGAGCAGUGUGUUGCAUGCCAAGAUGACUUCUGUGAUAUGCGCUUCCAACAAGCUUACGACUUGAUUAAACUGUUGGACAGCUAGAAUAUAAGCCAAGGAUUGGAGAUCCACUAGUAGUUAAUCGUUUAUAAUCAUAAAACACAUCCAUUACACUCAAUUAAAUGUCUAAUCGAACUUCGAA